GAUUCCUUUUGAUAGCUUUGGGGAAACCACUAGAACUUAUGGCCAUUAACGAGGUUUGCUCUGUUUAUAAAGCGCAGGUCUUAGCAUUAGAUGUGUCUGAAAAGUAAUUUAAACCGCCUGUUAGUUGAGGAAUGGGAAGUUCUUGGGUGGCCCUGGGUUAUUUGCCUUCCAGGCUUUGUUACCUCUGGCAAGCACGCACAGGCGCUGCUGGUGCCAGCUCCGCCUUUAGGAAGUGACGUCACCGCGCACUCAACGUCACGUCGUGGCCCGCUAUGGCGGCUGCUCCGGAGCCUUCGGUCGAAGAUCCGCUGCGGAGUUUUGUGCGAGUUCUGGAGAAACGGGAUGGGACAGUGCUACGGCUGCAGCAGUAUGGCUCCGGAGGCGUGGGUUGCGUUGUAUGGGAUGCUGCCAUUGUCCUUUCUAAAUACCUGGAAACGCCCGCGUUUUCUAGCGAGGGGACCCACGCACUGAGCCGACGGUCGGUGCUGGAGCUGGGCUCCGGCACCGGGGCCGUGGGACUCAUGGCCGCCACCCUCGGGGCAGAUGUGGUGGUCACCGAUCUUGAGGAAUUGCAAGACUUGCUGAAGAUGAAUAUUAAAAUGAACAAGCAUCUUGUCACUGGUUCUGUUCAAGCCAAGGUACUGAAAUGGGGGGAAGAAAUAGAAGACUUUCCUCCACCAGACUACAUACUGAUGGCUGACUGCAUAUACUACGAAGAGUCUUUGGAGCCAUUGCUGAAAACUCUAAAAGAUCUCAGUGGAUCUGAAACUUGUAUUAUAUGUUGUUAUGAACAGCGUACAAUGGGAAAAAAUCCAGAAAUUGAGAAAAAAUAUUUUGAGCUUCUUCAGCUAGACUUUGACUUUGAAAAAAUUCCUUUGGAAAAACAUGAUGAAGAAUAUCGAAGUGAAGAUAUUCACAUUAUCUACAUCAGAAAGAAAAAAUUGAAAUUGCCACUAUGAAACCUUUAGCCAUCUUACCCAAGCUUCUCACAGUCUGGGAGAGCUGGAGAUGGGAAUGGAGCAUGGGAAUGCAGCAUGGGAAGACUCUGUUUACAGACUUUUCAGCAUGUCCUUAGAGAUCCGAUAGAUGGAUGCCAACCACAUGUGCUGCCUGCAUUAUGAAAUGACUGCCUUGCCUGUGGUGCGCCCGAGUGCCAACUUAGAUUUACUUAGCCUCAGCAUCAAGUUCUGCUUAUAAGAAACAGUGGGAUUGGUCACUCAAAUAAACUAGGUAGCAAUGGUAGCCUAUGGUCUGCCAGAAUGAAUAAAUAAUAAGGCAGCAUGAUCCGCUUAGCAUACUUCAAGAAACUAGAGAUAAAUUGAUCUAUUUUCUAAUGUUUUAAAUUCACACCAGUAAAUUUGAGCUUGUUCUUGAAGAUAAAUUUAAAAGGUGACUUUACCUUUACAGACUGGUACAGUAGCAUUGUCUUGCUUCAUCUUCGGUAUAGGUAGUUGCCAGACUUUUGUUCUUGUCCUCCGCCAUCGUGUGUGAAUGCUUUCAGUAGUAAAUGAAAAACUAAGAUAUCUUCAUACUUCUCAUUGGGGAGGAUAAGAAUAGGAAGCCUAGUUUCAGACUCAUGCAUUUAUGUGGUUUGUACAGUUUUACUUGUGUAUAACUUCCAGGAACAUCUGGUUUUUAAAAUACUGUUAUUAAGUUAAUUUGUUUAUGUGAAACAAUGAAAGAUUUUUAAAAUAACUUGAAAUGUAGUUCUAUACAAUUUAUCAAAUGAUUUUUAAACUGUUUUCUCCAUUUUUGUCAUGAUAAUCAUCUGCUCACUUAGCCUAAUCUGUGAAGGAUUUAAUCAUGCCAUCCAAAGUAGUAACCUGGUAUUCAUAGGCAGUGGUGCUAGGUGCAAAUUUUAUGUGUUAAAAUAAACAUUGUCUUUGAGACCCUG